GGGCGCGGGGCGAGCCACCUCGGCCUCGCGAGCUGUCACCGCAAAGCCGGUGGGUGUGGCUGCCGCGGUGGCUCUGAACCGCCGGAGCCGCGGCGCCGCCCGCGCACAGCUCGGCCCCAGCCCGGGUCUCAGGACGCGCCUCGGCCUGCUCCCGUCGGGCCCGCGGCGGGCUGACGGUGCAGUAGCUUCGCCGUGCUGGGGGCCACAGCCGGCGCGACAGAGGUGCCAAGUCGCGCGCAGCUGGAAACGUGGCGCGCUGGGCUGCUGCGGGCGUGGGAGAAUUGAAUUGAGCGGGAGACGCCGGUCUGUGUAUGAUGACCAACCAAAUGCACACAAGAAGUUUAUGGAAAAGUUAGAUGCGUGCAUUCGUAAUCAUGACAAGGAAAUUGAAAAGAUGUGUAAUUUUCAUCAUCAGGGUUUUGUAGAUGCUAUUACAGAACUCCUUAAAGUGAGGACCGAUGCAGAAAAACUGAAGGUGCAAGUUACUGAUACCAACCGAAGGUUUCAAGAUGCUGGAAAAGAGAUAAUAAUCCAAACAGAAGAUAUUAUCCGAUGUAGAAUUCAGCAGAGGAAUAUUAUAACUGUAGUAGAAAAAUUGCAGUUAUGCCUUCCAGUGCUGGAAAUGUACAGUAAGCUAAAAGAACAGAUGGAUGCAAAAAGGUAUUAUUCUGCCCUAAAAACUAUGGAGCUAUUAGAGAAUGUGUACUUCCCCCGGGUUAGUCAGUACCGCUUUUGUCAGCUAAUGAUAGAAAAUCUUCCUAAACUUCGUGAAGAUAUUAAGGAAAUCUCCAUGUCUGAUCUCAAAGACUUUUUGGAAAGCAUUCGAAAACAUUCUGACAAAAUAGGUGAAACAGCAAUGAAACAGGCACAACAGCAGAAGAUCUUCAGUGUUGCUCUGCAGAAGCAAAAUAAUGUGAAAUUUGGGAAGAAUAUGUAUAUAAAUCAUGAUAGAAUUCCAGAAAAGAAUGAAAUUGUAUUAAAAUAUGUACUUGAGGAAGAGGAUGAGAAUGAAGAGGAGGUCUUAACUGUUCAGGAUCUUGUUGAUUUUUCCCCUGUUUACCGAUGUUUGCACAUUUAUUCUGUUUUGGGUGAUGAAGAAACAUUUGAAAAUUAUUACAGAAAACAAAGAAAAAAACAAGCAAGACUAGUAUUGCAACCUCAGUCAAAUAUGCAUGAAACAGUUGAUGGCUAUAGAAGAUAUUUCACUCAGAUUGUAGGGUUCUUUGUGGUGGAAGAUCACAUUUUACAUGUGACUCAAGGAUUAGUAACCAGAGCAUACACUGAUGAACUUUGGAACAUGGCCCUCUCAAAGAUAAUUGCGGUCCUCAGAGCUCAUUCAUCUUACUGCACGGAUCCUGAUCUUGUUCUGGAGCUGAAGAAUCUCAUUGUAAUUUUUGCAGAUACUUUACAGGGGUAUGGUUUUCCAGUGAACCGACUUUUUGACCUUUUAUUUGAAAUAAGAGAUCAGUACAAUGAAACACUGCUUAAGAAAUGGGCUGGAGUUUUCAGGGACAUUUUUGAAGAAGAUAAUUAUAGCCCCAUCCCUAUUGUCAGUGAAGAAGAAUAUAAAAUAGUCAUCAGUAAAUUUCCCUUUCAAGAUCCAGACCUUGAAAAGCAAUCUUUCCCAAAGAAAUUCCCCAUGUCUCAAUCAGUGCCUCAUAUUUACAUUCAAGUUAAAGAAUUUAUAUAUGCCAGCCUUAAGUUUUCGGAGUCACUACACCGGAGCUCAACAGAAAUAGAUGAUAUGCUUAGGAAAUCAACAAAUUUGCUGCUGACCAGAACUUUGAGUAGCUGUCUACUGAACCUUAUUAGAAAACCUCAUAUGGGUUUGGCAGAGCUUGUGCAAAUCAUCAUAAACACAACACACCUGGAACAGGCUUGUAAAUACCUUGAGGACUUUAUAACUAACAUUACAAAUAUUUCUCAAGAAACUGUUCAUACCACAAGACUUUAUGGACUUUCUACUUUUAAG